AUGAAUUCAGAGGAAUGGUAUGAUACUGGUACUAAAACAACAUUUCAUUUUGAUGAUAAUGGAAUGUUUGUUGAUUCUAAUGGAAAAGGACCUCAAAAGGGAUUUAAAAACAAUGGAAAAUUCAGCGAUUGGUUACACAAUUUAGUAGUCAAUAGAAUUAAAAAGCUAGGAUUAAUUGAGAAAUGUCAUCCAGAGAAUGGAGCUCCUAUAUAUCAUACUUCUAACGCAUUUAAUUCACCAGAAAAAUUAUUAGUUAUUAUUCAAGGCACUGGAAGAGUAAGAGCUGGCGUAUGGUCAGUAGGUGUUUGCGCAUAUUCUGGAAUUAAUGCAGGAUCAGUCUUACCAGAUAUUAUCGAAGCUCAAAAGCGAGGAAUGGAAGUAAUUGUAUUAAAUCCAAAUGACCCACGUUCCGAUAUAUUCAUGACAAGAUAUAGAACUAAUCUUGGUAUGAUUAGACACACACUUGCUGUAUUUGAAGAUUUAAUAAUUCCAAGUGAUCCAAAACGUGUUUUUAUUCUUUGUCAUUCACUAAGUGGUGAGUGCACAAUAGCUAUGAUACGUAGAUUCCAUAUGUGGGUGAUUCCUCACAUCAAAGCCGUCGCAAUGACCGAUGCUUACGAAAGUCCUCCAAUUGUUGAAGGCGUUAAAAUGACCAGUUGGAGUAAACAACACUUUCACAACUGGAUAUGUUCCGAUAAAGAAAUAAAUUCUCCUUUACCAGAAGGAACAGCUUCAAUCCAUUUCUCUGCUGGAACAAAAGAUCAUUCAUUAAGCACUGCAAAGGCACGGCCAUUUAUUUGGCCUUUCUUUGAUGAGAAUGGCGCUGAUAAAGAAACAGAUGAAUUGGAUAAAUUUGAGGAUUAUAUUGGAGAUGACAUUUACAUUAAUCCAAUUUUCCACUACAUACCGUAUUGUAAUAUUGCUUAA